UGGCUGUAGAGCCGAGCACUCAGACAAAUGGCCAUGCCACUUCAUAAACCCGCUGUUGAGGUCUUGUUGUCAAGAUGCUGAUGCCUGAUAAAUACUAAAAACAUUUCGCCGCUGAAUUGUGGAAGUUGGGGGAUGAAAUUGGACCUGAAUAUUUCCAACAUGACCGUGGAGUCCAGUCCAGUGCAGCUGGAGCAGGUGCCAGUGGAGUAUCGCAUAUCAGGCCUCAUCUUCUACUGCUUCAUCUUCAUCAUAGGAGUCAUCGUCAAUGUCACUGCCUUAUGGGUGUUUGCCCUCACCACCAAGAAGAGGAACUCAGUCACUGUGUACAUGAUCAACGUGGCAGUGGUGGACCUCACCUUCAUCCUGCUGCUCCCCUUCAGGAUGGUCUACAAGCACCAGGACUACUGGCCUUUCGGAGACAUUUUCUGCCGGGUCAGUGCAGCCCUCACCAUCUUCUACCCCUGCAUGGCUCUGUGGCUGUUUGCUCUGAUCAGUGCGGACCGCUACGUGGCCAUCGUCCAGCCCAAGCACGGCAAGGAGCUGAAGAACAUCCCCAAGGCCAUGGUGGCGAGUGUAGGGGUGUGGAUCAUGACCUUAGGCAGCACUGUGCCCUUACUCUUCACUAUGGAUGACCCUGACCGCGCCUCCAACUUCACCACCUGCAUCAAGAUGCGCGACAUCAUCCACCUGCGCCGUGACAACCCGGUCAACUUUGUGAGGCUCAUCUUCUUCUUCCUGGUGCCCAUAUGUAUUAUGAUUGGCUGCUACAGUGUCAUUGUGGAUAACUUGAUCCACGGCCGCACCUCUAAACUCAAACCUAAAGUGAAGCAGAAGUCAAUCCGGAUUAUUAUCACGCUCAUCAUCCAGGUGUUGGUGUGUUUUGUUCCCUUCCAUGUGUGUUUGACGGUGCUUUUGCUGAGGAGAGGUGAAGAUGGGGACUACAGCACAUGGGGAGCCUUCACCACAUUCCUGAUGAACCUGAGCACGGUCUUAGAUAUUAUUCUGUACUACAUCGUCUCCAAGCAGUUCCAGGACAGGGUGAUCAGUGUGAUUCUGUACAGGAACUACCUGCGAAGUGUACGAAGGAAGAGCAGACACACACACACAGGCAGCGUACGAUCAAUGAGUAACUUGACCAGUGCAAUGAUAUAAAUCAGCUACUAACUCCACAUCAGAAAGUGACACUGAUUUCUAACAUGCUUGUGUGCAAUGUACUGGAACACUGAAUGCUUUACCUGGUCUAAGCGCUGAUUAUCAUACGGAUCAAAAACUGUAAUUAAUUUCCUAGAUGUAAAUUCACACUCACAGUAUGGGAGUAUUGCUGUGGCAUAAACAUCUGCGUUCAGAGCUGAUUGGCUCACCCAUGAGACUUGAGAUGAUUUCAGAACAUCUUUGCUCUGGCAGACAAAGCACAAGUGUCUCAGGCUCAGGUGUAAUGUAUGAAAGCUAAAAUAAACCCUCUGUAUCCUCGUGUUUGUUUCAGCAUUGUGUCUAGAUCUUGAAAUUUCACCCAACCUUAUGACGGUGUCUAAACCAUAAAAGGCCUGACAGCUUUCCGAAGAGGAAACAAACAGG